AAGCCGCUGAUGGAUUUCAAACAUAAACAUGACCAUGGAGUGGACGGCCGUCCGCCCUGCGCUCCUCUGCGCCGCCGCGCUCAUUAACUUUGUUUUCGUCUUCGGCACCGGAGCGGACUUCGUUCGCUUCGUUUCCUUUCGCGCGAUUUACCACAACAUAACCGGCGGAGCGCCGCUGUGCAGAGAUGCAGUGCCGUGGUCCAUUGCUCUGCGGGACAGUGAAGUUUUAAGGGCUCUCGGUGUGGAUUUGGCCCUCUUAGCCCUUUUCAGCGUCCAGCACAGCCUGCUGGCCUGGGCUCCUGUUAAGAAGGCCUGCCAGUCUGCUCUGGGGGUCCUAAACCGGGCGAUGUACUGCUCCACCACAGCCCUCGCGCUGCAGGUGCUGAUGCGUUGGUGGCAGCCGGUGACCAGCGCCCCCUGCCUGUGGUCAGUGCGCAGCGCACCCUGGGAUAUCUGGUUCCCCCUCAUCUGCUUCGUAGUUCACUUCCUGUGCUGGGCCACAAUCUGCAGCAUCCUGCUGAUAUUCGACUAUCCAGAGCUGCUGGGACUCAAGCAGGUUUAUUACGAAUGUUUGGGGCUCGGCGACCCGCUCUUGCUGAAGUCCCCCCGUGCUCAGCGUCUUUAUGCCCACCUGCGUCACCCGGUGUGUGUGGAGCUGCUGCUGGUGCUCUGGCUGCUGCCCACGCUGCCGCUGGACAGGUGUGUUCUGGCUGCGUACCUGUCGCUCUACCUGGCUCUGGCGCACUCUCUGGACGCUCAGGACUGCGCCUACCUCAGCGCACAGCUCCACAGCAAACUGCAGCUCUUCUCUGCUCCACAGGGGGGAGCUGCUCACAUCAACAGCAACAACAAUGAGCAAAAGCAGGACUGAGCUCAGCUGAUCUUCCAAACAUCUAACACCUCUUUGAGUCUUGCCUGAAUAUUUUUACUUUUAUUUUCAUUUUUAAAAGUAUGUCGUGACUCUUAUUAGUCACACUAAACUCCCAUCACAAGUAUUUGGUUUAUUUUUCACUUUCGGUCUCAUGAAGAUAAGUAUUUAAGCUGUGGAAUAGAGAUCAAACGUCAACCGCACAGAUGAAAGGUCAUGAGGUCUAACUCACCAGCAACAAAUAAAAUUAAUUACAAGCAUCAUAGACAGUAUUACUAGAGUCACUAGCUGUAUUGCACUGGACUAAGUCGCCGCGCUGCUGCUCGUUUUCAUGUUUUCUCAUCUUUAACACGUCAGCCUAUCUUACAGAGCUACAGUCAUAUGCAAAAGUAUGUGCACCCCUGGUCAAAUUGCACAUUUGUUUUUGAUUUAUCAAGUAAAAAUAAGUUAACGCAGUCUCUAUAGAGAACAUGCUUCUUCUAUUGGGAUACGUACUGCUGUACGUUAAAAUCACUAAAGUGCUAAAAUUAGCAUGAAAUGGCACAUUAAUUUUCCUAUAGGGGGUGUUAUUUUCGAUUAAAAUAAAUAAAUAAAUAAAUAAAAAUCUUAUUUUACCCGGGGUGUCUAAACAUUUGCAUAUGACUGUGUGUCAGGUACAUUAGAGACAGAAGGCACAACAUAAGUAGAUCAUGUGGUUCUCACAACUGAAACUGAGAAACAUAAGCAUAUUUAUAGUAACACUUUCCUGAAGGGCAGUUUUCGUAAGGCUACGUAAGCCCUUCAUGGCAACUGACAUAAACACACAUAACCAUCUGUGAAAGCUUAUUCUAACAAGUGUCUGUUGUUAUAAAAGCCGCGCUGUCAAAUUUGAUCCCUAUUGGAGCUGGAUUAGUUUCUGUAAUUUGAGUGAUUUAUUCUAGUAUUAAUUUGCAAUGUCUGUAGUUUUUGCAAGUCUGCUAAGUUAAUUUUCUGCAGUAAAUUGGCUCCUAUAAUAACAAAACCGGGUGGUAGACAUGCUGCCCCAAUUCAUUAAUCCUCACGUUCAUGACUAGACUACAGAAACUCGGAGCGUUAUUGGUUAAAGCCCGAAGAGUCCAAACCCAUCACAAAACCACGGAGCAGCCGUACGUCUGGAGAAUUGACAUUUAUGUCUUGCGUGCAGGUACCAGGCACCUAGCCAGCCUGUUAAACAGUAGACUGACACAGUCUUAUAGGUGGACUGAUGCCAAGAGUAGGUGCAGCCUAUACAUGACAAGGGACAGGUGUGACAGACAUGACCAUGUAGGGAUAAACAAGAAUGGGCAGAACAGAAUGUUCUACAUACAGUCACAGUCCAGGCACACAGUACUGAAUAUAAUAAUACAGGGAGAUUCACUCGAAAGAGGCCCUGAAUAUUCUGUUGUAACUCCCGUUGGGAUGAAGCAAUCUGAAAAAAAAAUACACUACAUACCUCAACGUGUGUGUAAUCAGUGGCCUCUGCCAUGGGAAGGAAUCGCUGAUCCCGUCGUUUCCAAGUUCUGUACCAUCUUCUGAAUGAGACUCUUUGAAGGUCACGAACACCAUAUUUCUUUCCAAAUUCACUCUGACAUCGCUUAAACAAACUGGAGACCCAAUAGGUUCGCACCAUGAAGAUGUGCUGUUCCCCUACACAGGGGAAGUUGCAAACGGAGGUUAAACGUUGCGACGGCUGUCCGGCGCCCACCUCAUCACUGACGCAGGGCCGUCCCGGCUUGUUCGAAGCUCUGUAUACUGAGGAGCACAUUGCACGUUGUUUGGUUCAGAUUGCUUCGUCCUAGAGAGAUAUUACACAAUAUGCAAGGCCUCUUUCGAGUGAAUCUCCCUGUACAGAACGUGGCUCUAAAUGCAUUACAUAGCAGUAAAUUCCUCCAGGCAGAUUUACAAGCAGGAGAAAAAAUUAAACAUCGUCCGUUUAGCAGCCGUCACACAAGGCUGUCGAACAUCCACGUGAUGGUGUUUUCCGUUACCAGACCUGCUUUAAAACUACAACAGCUGGAAUCAUCUUUUAUAACUGCCUGUACAGAUUUAUGUCAGUUGUCAUCAAAGGCUUAUGUAGGUGUUAUGUAGCCUGAUGAAUGAUUUUUUUUUUCUCUGCUUAUGGAAUUGUUAGGCUGCGAAGGCCAUGUACAUUCAUAACACAAAGCAAUAUUAAUUAUGUAAUAAUAGUAAUGUAAUCAUUAAUCUAAUGAUUCUAAAACAGUAACUUGAGUAUUUAUGAACAGCUUAUAAAACAAAAAAGAAAUGACGUUAUGAUGCGUUGUUCCCAGGUAAUGGAGCUUAUGAGGCUGAAACGCAUCACAUUUCUGCUGUAACUGAUUUUAUCCUUGCAGCCACACAGGUCUCAUUUUUCACCGAAAUAAUAAUACGAUAACAGUACUAACUCCAUUACUUGGAAAUGAAGCUUUGUAACGGCGUUAUAAAAUUAGUAAAUAUAUAUCACUUUAGUUCAAUGUCAGUACCAUUUCAUUUAUCUCAAACUUUUAUUUCAUCUCGGGAAGACUGAGAAACUGUUCAUAAAUAUUCAAUUAUUGCCUUACAUAUGCUAUUCAGUCCUUACGCAUGUAUUAGUCCCUAUGUAGGUAACUUUCACAUAAGGUGUUACCAUAUUUUGUGCCUUUAUGCAGUUUCUAAGCUGCUUUUGAAGUUUUUAAGAUCCCAUUAAGAUCGGUGUUAUUGGUUUUGCUAUUGGUUGGGGUUUUUUAUACAUGCUUUCUUUCUUAAAAUAAUUGUGCAUCAUUCAAAUAUAGCAAAAAAAGUGCAUUCAUCGUGUGAUAAUUCAGAGAUUUACUCAGCAGUAUAUCCAUACUGAGCGUUACUUUGCUGUGGCCUGCUCAGGAUUUCAGAAGAGGGCUGCAAGAGUGAAUUACUUCAGAAUUAAAGUUGCUUGCAAUAACUACAGAUGGUGUACAUAUGGACACAGGGCCACUUAAGUUGCUUGAUUCCUCCUUACGUUUCAUGUACGUAGUAUUUUUCAUAACAACGAAGAAAAAAAAAUCAUACUGCAGUAUUUUGUAUAAAUAAGGGAUGGGCAGUGUGACGAUAAUUAGCAUGACUGUGAUAAAUUAUAUCACAAUAUGCUUUCCGAAGCAUACUGUACAUGUGGUCAGUACUUAAAAACUACAUGUCUGAUUACAAAGAUGCAUAAUUGGUCCUGCUUAAUUCGAUUUAGUGUUGUGCAGCAUGUAAAGUGGUAGAGAUAAUUCAUUCUUCUCAGUUUUGAAAGUGUUUUCUGAAUUUGGCAUACAUUUUUUAAAUUCAACUUGUCAGAAGAAUCAUAAAGUGUAUCGUGAAAUUGUCCUCAGGUAUCAUGAUAUUAUGUUUUUGCCAUAUUGCCCAGGUCUAGGGUGAAGUAAGGCAUUUAUAGAGGUAAAAAUACGCUUCACUGCCACUUUUUGGAGUAGGAGCUGCUUUAUAUUCUUUAUAUCUAUAUGACUACUGUGAUAUUUUUAAUGUGAUUGACAUGCGUUGAAGUGUCCCAAAAUAGACUGUAUGGGUCCACCUCCAUCAGAAGCUCAGCUAAUUGGUCCAAGAGCUUUUUAUCAUGUGUAAUUCCUGAACAUAACCCACCUUGGAGCAGGUUAGGCAUGCAGCGUAGAUUGCCACUGAAUGUUUUGUACGUAAAAAGCCAACACCACGUUUUUAAAAAAAGGUUUAAAAUUAGUUUUAGUUUUAACCAAUUCUAAAACAGCCAGUUCAGAAUGUAAGGAGGACAUUAGCGAAGUUGAAAUGCAGUGCCCUUAUGAAUCAAGCAUUUCUCGCAUGAGCUCUUUUCUACUCAUGGAAUUGUCUUUAUUAUUCAUAAAUAUGUAAAGAACACAGGGUUUUGAUAUUUAUGGGAUUAAAUUGUUGAUGUUGACCUUUUAUAUGCACUGAAAAAGUGAUGCAUUGAAGCUGCUUGAUUGAAAUGUGUGUAUAGGUAUUUUCCACACAAAUAAGCGACAUUAUGUCAAUACAAUUUUGGUUUAUUUUUGGCAAUAACUGUGUAGAUGUGAUACAUAGUUACAUGGAAAAAUUUGAACACACCUAGUCAAGUGACAUGCUCUGAUUUUCUAAGGAACAAUAAUGCAUCUUCUACAGAAAACACACUUUUCUGCAAAUUUUUAGUUCAGCUUGAAAAACACAGAAUAUAAACUGUGCCAUAACUUUUGCACAGGCCACAUUGUUUUUUCUCCCCUAUGUUAAAUUCAGCAAAUAAACAGUAAUAGUGUAUUACAGUGUGUAGAAGUGCUUUGUAGAGGAUGAGUUAACUUAUUUAUACUUAAAGAAGCAACAAGCAUGAUUUUGACUAGAGUGGCUAAACUUUUGCAUUGACUGUGUUAUUAAGGAGGAAAUUAUAUAUACAUUUGAAUCGUGUGAAUUCUGCAUCACUUUCUUCAAUGUGGAAUAAUGUUUUUUAAAGUUUUAAUAAUGUUAUGUAAUCAUCAGGCAGUUUGGUGCAUGCUUUCCUUUUUUUAAUAAAAACAUUUGGUUGCACAGAAA